CAUGAUCUUUAAUUUGAACAGGAAGGUGUGGUUGCCCCUGUCCACACUGAUAAAUAACUACAGUGAAGUUGUGUACAUCUCUACCUCAUUUACAGUUUUACUGCAGGAUUAUAUGCGGAUUAUAGAGAAAUCUUCUCUGCAAACACUAACAGCAGAACCUCCUGUGAGCGGUAAUCACACUCUAUUUUAUUCAUGGCUUCGACUCAAACAGACACACACAUAUAAAUAGCGCACUAUGUAGGGUGUAUAAGCGGGUUUAUUUAUACUUGCGUAGUGCGCUUAAUGAAGGGAGCACGGUACUGUUUGGGAUUCGACCGUUUGGCGUUGAAAUGUAGAAUUUGUGCGAAACCACGCCCACGUGUGUAAUCGUCACUGCUUCAAAUUGGCAGAGUGAGAGAGAGAGUGAGAGAGAGAGAGAAAGAGAGAGAGAGAAAAAAAAGGUGGAGGAGACGGAGGUCUAGCCGGGAUUUCUCCCUUUGUUUUGUGGAUGAACGCCGUGAAAACGCGAUGUGGACCUUAUUAGGACGAAUAAUAUUUUUCCACUUGCUCACCGCGCAGCCUUAUUUCGGAAAAGGGUCCGAAACGGAGUGCGAGGACGGACAGUUUCAGUGCAAGAACAAGAGGUGCAUCCCGACUAUAUGGAGAUGCGACGACGACGACGACUGCUCCGACAACAGCGACGAGGAAGACUGUCUGAAGAGCACGUGUGACCCGGCUGAGUUUGCAUGUCAGAACGGACAGUGUGUGUCCAGCCGCUGGCUCUGCGACGGAGAACCCGAGUGUUCAGACGGAUCAGACGAGGCCGAGUCCACCUGCAUGAAACAGACGUGUCCUCCAGAUAAGUUUGACUGCAGAGGGACGUGUGUGUCUCCGGGGUGGAGGUGUGACGGAGAGAGAGACUGUGAAAGUGGAGCGGAUGAAGAAGACUGCGCCGCCGACGCUCGCUCGUGUGCUACCGGAGAGUUCCAGUGCCGUAACCUGAAGUGCAUGUCUCCGGCGUACGUGUGUGAUGGCGAUGAUGAUUGCGGUGACGGCACCGAUGAGGAGCAGUGUUCCCCGCCAUCGUGCGGCCCGCUUCAGUUCCGUUGUAACAGCUCUGAGUGCGUUCCGCAGCCUUGGACCUGCGACAGAGACCCAGACUGCUUUGAUGGAUCGGAUGAAUGGGAGGGGCUGUGCGGCGACGGAGCCGGGCGAACGCUACCGCCGACGAGUCUCAAGCUUGAGUGUGGCGCCGGAAUGUUCCGCUGUGGGAGCGGAGAGUGCAUCAAGCUAGCAUGGAGGUGCGAUAAAGAUCCAGACUGCAUGGACCGAUCGGACGAGUCCGACUGCCCUCUCCUGACGUGCCGGCCUGAUGAGUUCCAGUGUGGAGACGGCUCCUGCAUCCACGGCAUCAAGCAGUGCAAUAAAGCCUUCGACUGUCUCGACCGGAGUGAUGAGGCUGGCUGUGUUAAUGCCACAAAGUGUGAAGGACCUUUGAAGUUCCUCUGUAGAAACGGAGAGUGUAUCGACGGAGCAAAGGUGUGUGAUGAUGUGAAGGACUGCAAGGACCGAUCGGACGAGCCCAAGAGGGAAUGCGGUUUAAACGAAUGCACGAUGAACAACGGAGGCUGUUCUCAUAUCUGUGUGGAUCGACCCAUCGGCUACGAGUGUCAGUGUCCCGCCGGAUACAAACUCCUGGAUAAAAGAACAUGUGGAGACAUCGAUGAGUGUGAGAACCCGGACGCCUGCAGUCAGAUCUGCAUCAACCUCAAAGGAGACUUCAAGUGUGAGUGUCACUUGGGCUAUGAGACGGACCCUGUGAGCAGAACCUGCAAAGCCGAGGGAAAAAGUCCCUACCUGAUGUUCACUAACCGCCACGAGAUCCGGCGCAUCGACCUGGUGAAGCGGGACUACACGCAGGUUGUUCCCACUCAGAAAAACGCCGUGGCCAUUGACGUGGACGUCGCUGCCAACCGCAUGUUCUGGAGCGACGGCUUCCAGCGCAAGAUCUACAGCGCCUACAUCCAUGAGGCGAGUGACCCGGCCCAUCACAUGACCCUGAUCGACUCGGAGCUGCUCUCCCCAGAGGGUCUGGCUUUAGACUGGGUCCAGCACAACCUCUACUGGACCGACUCUGGUCACGGCACCAUCUCGGUGGCUUCGUCUGACGGCAGCAGGAGGCGCGUCCUGAUCCACACCGAUCUGACUGAACCAAGGGCCAUCGCCGUGGCUCCAGAGCAAGGAUUCAUGUUCUGGUCUGAUUGGGGAUCGAGGCCCAAGAUAGAGAAGGCGGGGAUGAACGGAGUGGACCGACAGGUCUUGGUGUCCGAGGGCAUCGAGUGGCCCAACGGCAUCACACUGGAUGUGGUUGGGAAGCGAUUGUACUGGGUGGACUCAAAGCUACGUUUGAUCUCCAGCGUGGACUUUAACGGAGCUCAGCGCAGAGUGAUCCUGUCCUCCAGCGAGAGACUCAGCCAUCCCUACACCCUCGCCGUCUUCGAGGAUCGUGUGUACUGGACGGACCGUGAGAAGGGGGCCGUGUACAGUGCGAACAGGCUCACUGGGCAGGAUGUGACCAGCCUCGCUGAACGGCUCAAAGAUCCGCACGAUAUAGUGGUGUUCCACCAGCUGAGUCAGCCCCAAGCCGCAGAUAGCUGUAACCUGGCUGGCGUGAGUAAUGGUGGCUGUGCCUUCCUGUGCCUGCGCGCUCCUCAGAUCAGCGAUCACUCACCCAAAUACACAUGCGCCUGUCCCAACGGCGAAGAGCUGAGCCCGGACACGCGAGUGUGUGUCCCCAUUCAAAACGUCACAGUUGCGCCAACGUUCCCCAGCUUUCCUCCAAACAGCACCGUGGAGUCAGAGUCAGUGACGAAGGCAGGAGUGGACAUGGUGACCUCAGAAGUCUUGUUGAGUUCAAAGAUCAUGACCUUUCAGGAGAAGAUGGUUCCAUCAGAGCCCAUGCUGAACAUCACAGCAGAGUCCAGUCCGAUCCCAACUGUGCUGCUGAGCACGUCUAUAGGAGAGACCAACAACCUUUCCCAUCACUCUGGAAACGGGGUGUUUCUCCUUGGACACAGUGUGCCCGUGGCUGUGCUCGGAGUUGGAAUUCCCAUUGUGGCGUUCGUGCUGAUUCUCUCCGCUUCCUGUCUGAUUUAUCGUAACUGGAGACUCAGGAGCACCAAGAGCAUGAACUUUGAUAACCCCGUGUACCGGAAGAGCACCGGCGAAACCGAGGAGGACGAGAUCCACAUCGGGAGGAGCGAGGGGCUCGCCACGCACCACCCCCCAUACCCAGUGCCUGUGGUCGGCACGGCGACGUGUCCACCGUUCAUCGCCCUGCCUCUGGGUGGUGCCGUCACGGAUCCGGUCCCGCACUGGUACACGGAGCCGCCCACCAUCACCAGCGCCAAGUGAAAGGCGGCAAGGACUCGAUGUUUAAAGUGCGUGACGAGACACCGAGCUGUGGCCGAGUGUCGAAAGUUUGUACACCCCCUAGAUCAUACGUAGCAGGGGCGUGUACAUCUCGAACGAUCCGAUGCGUGAAUGAUGAAUUUCAAAGGAAGCAGUAAUGUAAAGAUGCAAUUAGACGCAGUGCUGUAGAGAUGCAGAAGCCCCGCCUCCUUUACUCAGGAAGGAGAGAGAGAGACAGAGAAAGUGCUAAAGCAAAAAAAUAAUUAAAUUAGCUGAGCACAGAGGCGGUUCACCGUCACUGAUGCACAAAAAAUAUCAGUGUUUCAUGUUUAGGACUUUAACACCGUAUUAUUUUCAGUUUUAAGAAUAUUUAUGCAACAUACCGCCAUUGUACAUCCAAUAUUCCCAAAACAAAAAAGUGCACGUUUCGCAGAUAGCGAGAACACGGAGGUCGUGUCCCAGACACUUCCUGAAAGCGCAGUGAUUUAAAAUCUUUUAUAUAAUCGUACUUUAGUUUCUCUGUAAUAAAAGAUAACUAUGUAUAAAAACAUCAAUUCACUCGCUGUCCGUCGUGUACAUGUUGUUCCUCGCUGAGACAGAACAGACAGGUGUUCGUGUUUAUGGAGACAGCGAGUCAAUAGUUAUACUUCCGUACAGGAUUUAGCUGUUUUUUUGUGAUCGUUGCGGCCAAAAUCACUUGAUUUUGCUGCGGCUUUUGGAAAA